AUGGAACUUUUCCUGCUGAUGCUUUUAACAUCUACGAUUGAAGCAAAUGUCUACAUCAAAAGCUUGAACAAUAACACAUUGUUCUUUGACAAAAUCUCUGACGUACGAAUCAUACAGGACAAAUGGAAACUUAUUGCCUACUACAACAUGACAACAUAUUGGCAUAGUAUUACCGCCGUUGAAAAAUAUAUCUACUCGGUAAACAAAACCUGCAACAACGAUCACUCAUGUGCACCUGUUGUGACGCAAUUCGCUCACGAGCUCACGAGCACCGUAAAAGAGCGAGAAGAUCAUUUACUUAAGCUAUUUAAAAACCAAACAUCAUUGAUCGAAUCGGAGAAUAAUAUCCUGAAAAGAAACGAACAAAUUAUGAACACUCAAUUUGAGCAUAUCUACAAAAAUCUGCGAGUAAUAUCUACUGAGAUGCACCAAGUCGAAAAAGAACGACAAAGCACUCUACAGGCAUUCCAUCUACUGUCAUCUUUAAUAUCUGUUGAUGUGAUUAUCUCCAACCUUCGGCGUACGCAGGACACUCUGCUUGACAUCGUGACCGAUAUUUAUAACGGCCGCCUGAACAUACACUUAUUAACUCCGGCAGAACUUACGCAACAAUUAAAUGUAAUAUUCGGCCAUCUACAGGAUGAUGUUGUUGUUCCAACUGACAAUUUUCGAGAUAUCUACGGUCUCUUACAAGUACGAGCUAAAGUGACUAGGAGAUUCCUGAUAAUGGAAAUCAAGAUUCCCCUGCUAAACAGAGACCAAUUUGAAUUGAAUGACGUCAUAUCGAUACAAUCAAAUAAAUUGUGA